GUCCCUGCGCCAGGGAAGGGGGAGUCUGGGCGCGAGAGGGUCUGCAGGGGAAGGAGGCAAAAUGAGCAUCCUGGCGUUCCUCGCAUCUGCGUUCCUGCUCUCCCUCCUGCCCGCGGAAGCCGCGAGGAGCAAAUACCCACCCAAAUCGGGAAUUCUGAACCCCAUCUUUGGGCCGAGGGAGGUGAGUGGUUUGCUGGACGGCUCCGUCACCGUCAAGUGCUUCUACCCCCAAACCACGGUGAACAAGCACGACAGAAAGUACUGGUGCCGCGAGGCGACGAGGAGCUGCCACACCGUCGUCUCCUCCAACGGCUACGUGGCCCCCGGGUACCAGGGGCGAGUGGCCAUCACGGACUUCCCGGAUCAAGGCGUGUUCCUCGUCAACGUCUCGGGGCUGGGCCUGGCGGACAGGGGCUCCUACCACUGCGGCCUUGGCCUCAACAACAGAGCGCUCUCCUUCCAAGUGAAGCUGGACGUUUCUGAAGGUCCAAACGUGCCCGAGGAAGCCGAGCUCUUCUACGUGGAGCUGCAGGGCUCCGUGACCAUCACCUGCAGCUUCGGGCAGGACUACGCGAGCAUCAGGAAGUACCUGUGCAAGAUGGAGAAAUCCGGCUGCCGGAACAUCAUCGAUACCUACGGGAAGGUGGAUGACGAGUACGCGGGGCGCAUCUUGCUGAGCAACGAGAACACCGCGGGCUCCUACAGCAUCAUGAUCACCCAGCUGGGCUGGCAAGACGCGGGGCUCUACCUGUGCGGAGCGGGGGUCUACGGAGAGAGCGGAGAAACCAAGGAAGUGGAUUUGCACGUCUAUGAAGGGACAGACGUUCCUCAAGGAAAGCACACAGUGCUUGGGGUGAAAGGAGGCUCGGUGACCAUCGAAUGCCGCUAUGACACUAAGGGAAGGAGCUCGUUGAAGUACUGGUGCAAGUGGCGAAAGAACGGCUGCUCCCGGAUCAUAGACAGCAACGGCUUCGUGUCAGACCUCUACGAGGGAAGGGUGGCCAUGUACGACAACCCGGAGAACAACACACUUACCGUCAUCCUCAACCGGCUGGCGGACAGCGACAGCGGCUAUUACUGGUGCAUGACGAAUGAGAACAGGGAGAAGAAGACGUCCAAGGAGCUGAAGAUCGUGGACGGAGAACCGAGUCUAACAGGAGAGGAGGAGGUGGAGGCCAGCGUGGGCGCUCCGGCACAGCUGGCUUGCUCUUACCCCUGCAAGUACUAUUCCUAUGAGAAGUACUGGUGCAAGUGGACCAGGAGCGGCUGCACGCCCGUGGAGGCUUCCGACCAAAGCCGCGCCGAGCUGAACGUUGACUGUGACAAGGACAACAAGACCAUUCUCCUAAAUUUUGACGAUGUGGCACUGACGGACCAGGGCUGGUACUGGUGUGGAGUGAAGCACAAGGGUGUCUAUGGGGAAACCAAGGCCGUGCAGCUGCGGGUAUCUGGAGAGCGGCUGGCCGUGGAGAGCGGCGCGGCUGCCCGCCCGGAGCUCCUGGACGUCGAUGCCCGCAGCAGCAGCAGCAGCGGCGGCAGUGCCCAGGACGGCGGCGGCGUUGCCCAGGACAGGGCCAGCAGCAGCGGGGCUCAGAGCCCCGCGGUCGCAGGGAGCGCUGGCCCCAGCUCGCUCGUGUUGGCACUCGUCUCCGUCGGCGGAGUCUUCCUCAUCCUGGCCACGGUUUUUGCAGUCUACAAAUACAGGCAGAUGAAGCGCUCGGACCUGGUGUCCGUGGGGAGCUACCGCACCAACAUCAGCAUGUCGGACUUUGAGAGCGCCAAGGAGUACGGCGCCAACGACAACGCCUGCAUGAAGGGCACGCAGGAGACACAGAUUGGGGGGGACGAGCUCGUGAGCACCACGAGCGAAGCCGAGAGCGCCGCCGAGGCCAGGAAGGCCAAGAGGAGCUCCAAGGAGGAGGCCGACGUCGCCUACUCGGCGUUCCUGCUGCAGGCGAGCGCCGUGGCGCAGGGCCGUGGUGCCGGGGGGGACACGGCCGCCCCACCGGGGCCCUGGGACGGCCGCAUGUGA